AUGGGGAAUGUAUUAAAUCAGAUAAUAUUUAGACCACAUCCUCCAAGCUAUUCGAAAAAUAAUAAGAAUUUACAUUUUAUAAAAACGAAACAUGGUAGUACAAUAUGCGGUUUUUUUAUUAACAACCAUGCAGAUAUCACAGUCUUGUUUAGUCAUGGAAAUGCAGAGGAUAUAGGUGAUUUUGUAUCUUAUUUUCAAUAUAAAUCUAAACGAUUAGGAUUAAAUUUGUUUGCAUAUGACUAUAGUGGGUAUGGUCAAAGUACAGGAUAUCCAACUGAAACUCAUCUUUAUAAUGAUGUUGAAGCAGCAUAUGAUUAUUUAACUAAAAAUCUGAAUGUUCCUAAAGACAGUGUAGUGGCAUAUGGUAGAAGUUUAGGUUCUGCUGCUUCAGUACAUAUAGCAACAAAAAGAGAUUUAUUAGGUUUAAUCUUACAAGCUCCAAUAUCAUCGAUUCAUAGAGUUAAAUUAAAACUUAAAUUUACGUUACCUUAUGAUUUAUUUUGUAAUAUAGAUAAGGUUCAUCUAAUAAAAUGUCCGAUUCUAUUUAUUCAUGGAAAAAAGGAUAAACUGUUAACAUAUCAUGGAACCGAGGAAAUGAUUCGAAAAACGAAUGUAAAUACAUAUUAUAUGUUUAUUGAUGAAGGUGGACAUAAUAAUUUAGAAAGCUGUUUUGGUGAUAAAGUAAAUGCUGCUUUAGGAACUUUUCUUUAUAUAUUGAGAAACAAUAUACGUGAAAAUGUCAACAGCGUAUAUAACAUUGCUAACAUCAGUACCCAGAAAUUAAGAAAUACCUUUAUAUUAAAUAAUACUAAGAAAAUAAAAGAACAGUUGAAAGAGAGAGUAGGAGGAAAUGAUACUCCAGAAAAUAAACAAGGAGUAGAAGAAAAGGUUAGAAGUUUACCAAAGACAGAUGAGUUGAAUUCUAUCGCUAGCAGUGUAGAUAAAUGGAAUUGUAAGAAAAAUGUACAUCCAGUUAAAAAUAAUGAAUAUGGUUACAAUUCUUCUUCUAGUAUGAGCACUAUAUUUGGAUCUAUGGAAUCAAUUAUGAAAACAAUACCAGACAAAACUUUUUGUGAGAAUGACAGUUCUCCUAGUAUUGAGAAUUUAGCAACGUAUACAUGUGCAAAUAGUAAUUAUGACAAUUUAUAUAAUCAGAAUUACAAUGUUAACAACUUAAAACGGGAUAAUAAUGGCAAUAAGAAUGCAGGUAUUGAUAGUAGUGAAAGAGUCUAUAAGAACUACAAUUAUAACAUUAAUAAUAACAGUUACAGUAGUAAAAUAAACAGCACUAGUAAUAAUAAUAAGGUAACUGGUAAAAAAAAUUGCUCUAGUUAUGUCUACUCAGUGAAAAGGGAAACUUCCAACGUGGAUGAAGCUUCUAGUAGCAAUGCUAAUUACGAUAAAAUAAUUAGAAUGCAAAAUGAAAAAAUGACGCAAGUAGAAAGUAAUUCACAAAAUCCUAAUAUUAAAAUAUCACAAAUGAAACGAAAUAGCUAUAAAGUAGACAGAGUACCAAGGAUACGACAAGAUAUUAACAAUAUUAUUGAGGGGCAUAAUAUGAAUAAUGCACAUAAAAAUACAAAUGGAAUUAAUAGUAGCAAUGAUAUAAUGAAUGAAAGUGUUAAAAGUAAUAAUCGUAGCUAUGAAAAUAUGAAUAAUAAGGAUUUAACAAAAUCAAAUUAUACUAGAAUUAAUAAACCUUGUGAAAAAAUAUCAAAAUAUGGAUCAGGAUGUCCAUUAUCUCCUGCUGUGUCCUUAGCCUCUGUACAAAAAAUGCAACAUGAAAGUAAAGAAAUAUGUGCGAAACCUUAUUUUAUAAAUAGAAAUAAUGUACGUAAAGGAAUGAAGAAUAAUAUGCCAGAUAUUCAUAAAUCAAGUUUUAAUAGUUUUAAUGAUUUUAUUUAUGAUGAACAAAAGGAUGAAAUAAAAGCCAAUAAUAAUAUUGUGGAACCUGUAAAGAGAGAUGUUUCCUCUGCUAGUAGUACAUUGAAUAAUAUUAGUUCAUUAUAUGCUUAUCAUUCGGUGUCGAAUGAAAAAUUAACCUAA